AUGAAAACCACGGUCUUAUUAGCCAUUUUUGUUGCUUUCACCACUGCCGUCGGAGCUGGUACCAUCGAUCACGACGCCGUGCAACCAUUUGCCCAACCCAACCCUGUCACCGUCUCGGAGAAGGCUGCAGUCAAGUUUCAGCCGCUGCUUUUCGUGGAGAGUGGAUGCGUUCCAUUUCCUGCUGUAAACAGUGCUGGGGAGACGAGUGGCGGUCUCAAAGGCACUGGGGGUACUUCAGGGUGUAAGGAAGCUGGCGCCACGGGGUCGCAAGUGUACGGCCGAGCGGUUUGGUACAAGGAUGACUGGGCCAUCAUGUACGCCUGGUACUUCCCCAAGGGUUUCUGGAGCCGCUGGGCGUCAAGACACCACGACUGGGCAAGUAUCGUCGUCUGGAUCGACAACCCCGCUCUGGAGACACCAAAGAUGAUCGGUAUCUCGACUUCGGAGGGCGACAACGACUACAGGACCGCUGGCCCCGACGACGUCUACGAAACGACUCCCCGUCUCCGUCGAGUUCUGGCUCAACUCUUCAAAAUACUGGGCGACACGCAGCCUCUCAUCAUGUGGGAGCAACUCACCGACGAAGCACGCAUUACUCUGAACACGACAGACUUUGGCAAGGCGAAGGUCCCAAUGAGCGACGCCAACUUCCAGGGAAAACUGGAGAAAGCGUGGCCAUUUUAG